AUGGCUGGCAUCGACGGAGACGGCCGUGUUCCGGCAGAGACAGAGACAGAAAUCCGUGAUGUUCCCCCAUGGAAGCCGUCUGGACAUGAACUCGCCAUCAUGUUGACGUUGGCCGUCAUCUCCUUGAUGGUCAGCGUCGAUGCCACCAUCAUCAUCACAUCGUUGUCGACCAUCAUUCAAGCUUUCAACACUAGCACUACUCAGGGCCUCUGGGUCGGCACGGCCUACCUGCUGACAUGUGCAGUCACAAUGCCAUUCAUUGCCUCGCUGAGUGACAUUUUCGGCCGGCCGCGUUGCUUGUUUGCCUCGUUGUUGGUCUUCACCACCGGCAGCGUCUUGUGUGCCGUGGCACAUAGCAUGAGAGUCCUUCUUGCGGGUCGGUCAAUCCAGGGUGUUGGUGGAGGAGGAAUCAUCAUCCUCUCCCUUGUCAUCUUUACCGAUAUUGUUCCUCUGAGAUCCCGUCCACAAUAUGUCGGCAUAACACAAGUAGCAUGGGCAAUUGGGACGUGUAUUGGACCAGUCUUGGGCGGGGCUUUCGCAACUCCGAGUCUCUGGCGCUGGGUCUUUUACUUGAUGUUUCCAUUCUGUGCGGUCGGCCUAACCCUUGUCCCUCUCGUGGUCAGGCUCAAACCUCGUUCGGCUACAUUGCGCGAGAUGUUCACACGAGUCGACUGGAUUGGAGCGCUCCUGUUUAUCCCAUCAGCCACUGGAUUUCUCAUCGCCAUAUCGUGGGGUGGCACCCAGUUCCCCUGGUCCGACGCGGCGGUUGUGGUCCCUCUCGUCGUGGGGUUCCUGGGUCUGGUGGCCACGGUUGUCUACGAGAGGUUUUACGCAAAGGAACCAUUUCUGCGCCAUUCGCUGUUUCAAUCUCGGUCGUCAUUCGCCCUCUACGCUGGUGCUUUUGUCCAGGGACUCCUUCUCUACGGUCAAUUAUACUACAUCCCCUUGUUCUUCGAGUCCGUCCGGUCCUAUUCGCCGAUACGGACGGGCGUGUCGAUGCUCGCCGUCAUGCUAACGCUCAUCCCCGCCGCCCUGGUGACUGGUCGUCUCAUCAGCCGGACAGGGACGUACCGCUGGGCCAUCUGGACGGGAUGGGCGCUGGUCGGUCUCGGCACAGGCCUCACGAUCGUGUGGGACGCCGGGACGAGCGCGCCGGUGUGGGCGGUCAGCCUCGUCGUGGUGGGUCUCGGGCACGGGCUGUUGCUCAACGCGCUCAACACGGCGGCUCAGGCGGUGUGCAUGGCGGGAGACGAGGGCGCGGCCACCGCUAUGUACGCUUUUCUGCGGAGUUUCGGCAUGGCUCUGGGCGUCGGCAUCGGCGGCUCGGUGUUCCAGAACGUCAUGAGGAUCAAGCUGCGACGUCUCCACCUGCCCGUGGACGUUGCGAGCCCACAGGGCGCCGAGGAGACGUUUGUGGAUGUCCUCGGCCACCUGAUGCGCCCCGCGGUGGAAAUGUCACCGCCACGGCGUGCGGAUGUCUUGGUGAGUGCGUACGUAUACGGGCUCCGCGGCGUGUUUGGCUUCUUCUGUGGCCUGGCCGGACUUGCACUGGUCGUGUCCGCGGCGAUCAGGCAUUUCAACAUCGACAGGCACGUGGUCACGGACCAUACCCUCGACGUCGAGGGUCGGUUGGCGUCGAGUUUGAACAGGUUGGGCCGGAAUAGGACGCCUGGUCAAAUGGAGAGUCGGGCCGCCGAAGUGAUCGGACACGAGGCCUGA